GUACGGGGUAAUUACGCAUGCGCACUGCUUGUUUUGAACUUGCAUGAAUUUUGUCAAAUUCGGUCGAAUUUGGCGGGGAGAAAAGGUUUUUGUGCGCUUCCGCUGGCAAAGAAAUAGUCCUGACAUUUGCUGUUCUCGCCUCUCGGUGCGAAGUGCCCCAGUUCGCCGACUCGGUACCGUGGGAGGAGCAGCCAGUAUCGUGCAGUACCGUGCAGCGUUGGACUUUGAGAGAGAGGCUUGGCCUUUGCAGACUGAUACAGGAUGUACCUGCGGUUGGGAUGGCUGUGUGUGGCGGCGGCACUCCUUGGAUUGGGAGCUUGCCAGUCGAGUUUGUCGGUGAGUCCUGAUGGAGACCAAGUCAAGGCUGUGACAGAAGGCAGCCUCUUCACUUGUUCAGCAACAGGGAGUGUCACAGGACUGGCAUGGUUCGACCCAGAUCAGAACCAGAUUACCGAUGAUACCAGCCAGGAUGUGCAUGUGCAGGCGAGAGGCAACUCCAUCAGGCUGAAGUUCAGCAACAUCCAGAGAGACAAUGCUGGGAUAUACUACUGCCGAGCAACCGGUACAAACGAUGAUGGAACCACCCAAGACCUGGAGGCAACCAUCAAACUCAUCAUAUUCGAGGCCAUCUCGUUUGUUGACCCCAGUCCCACCCAGACCGCCACUGUUGCACAGACGGCAAACCUCGUGUGUCAGGCAGCCGGCGAGCCAGUGCCUGAAGUCAACUGGUACAGAAAUGGAGUUUUCAUAGCUAAUGGAGGCCGAUUCCAGAAGGACCCAGAUACCAACUCCCUACAGAUUGUGAAUGUGACACUUGAGGACGAGGACACCUACACCUGUGAAGCCAGCCAACCAGCAAAUGGACAGUAUGAUGAGCUGCAAAUCCUCUUGGAUGUACAAGUCCCCCCGACCCUGGUGACCAGCCCCUCCAGCUCCAAUGGCACUGUCGGCAUGGAUGUCACCCUGAUCUGUCAGGCAACAGGAGACCCCAACCCCACCUACUCCUGGUUCCGUGACUCCACCGACCCAAGUAACGAGCUGACGGAUGAGAGGUUUGUGUUCUCCCAACAGAACGGAGUGGUGGAUAAGAUGACCAUGACCAUCACAGCCCUGACCAAGGCAGAUGAGGGGAAGUACAUCUGCCAGGCCUCUAAUGGUGCAGGGCAGGCGGAGGCAGCAGCCAACGUCUUCGUAUACGUUCCCCCCAGCAUCAACGAGCCGCAGGACACCAGCACGCCCGAGGGUCAGUCUGUGGACCUGCGCUGCUCGGCUACGGGAGACCCCACUCCCAUGCUGCAGUGGAAGAAGGGUGGGGGAGACAUGGUGGACGGAUCGGACCCACGGUUCACCGUGAGCACAGACCCCAACACUGGGGAGACCAUCCUCACCAUCAGUCAGGUCACCUACAAUGACAGGGGCAGCUUCACCUGUAUAGCCACAAACCUGGGGGGUACAGACCAGAAGACCCUGAACUUGGAUGUACAAUUCAAGCCUAAGGUGGAUGACUCCACCCCAGCUGUUGCGGCCACAUGGGUGGGCAACCCCGUCAACCUGACCUGCAGUUUCACCAGCAACCCCACACCAGACAUCAAAUGGUCCCUCAACAACAUCGACAUCCAGGAGGGGCCCAGCUAUGCUGUCUUUACCUCGGCCUCCGGGAGCACAUUACAGGUCAUCCCCACUGAUGAUGGAGCCUUUGGGAUGUACAACUGCACGGCAGCCAACAGCCUGGGCACAGCCAACAGGGAGGUGCUCCUCAAGGAAGCAGUCGCUCCUGAGCCCCCCAGCAACGUCCGGACCAGUGGGCAGACUCCCACUUCUGUCAAGCUGGCAUUUGACGCCCCCAUGAGCGAUGGUGGGGUCCCUGUCAAGCAGUACAUCAUCCAGUACUCUGUGGUAACCGACGACAACUCGACUGUCAUCGCCAAGAACUUCACCACCAUUGCACCAGCCGGCACAGUUGAGAUCCCGGGGCUGACACCUCAAACCCCCUACAAGUUUAAUGUGGUCGCUGUCAACGACGUCGGAACCAGCGAUCCGUCCGAUCCGCCACUGCUCAUCACAACUGAGGAAAUACCACGUGUACCGUACAAGCCUGCUAUCAUCAAUGACUCCGCGGAGGACUCCACUCAGUACACCCUGAAAUGGCAGGCUCCCAACACUGGAGGCUCAGCCCUUACCCAGUACACCAUCAAGUACAGGCCGCUGGACUCGGAUGGUGACUUUGAGACUGUGACGGUGACUGAAACUGGCAAGCAGUCUUACAUCAUCACUGGCCUGUCUCCCUUAACGACUUACGAGGUCCAGCUUACUGCCUCCAACAAUAAGGGAGAGAGCGCCAAGGCCACCAUUCAGUUCAGGACCGGAGAACCCAAGGCAACAGAUAAGCCAGGUAUCAUCAGCAGGCGAGCCAGUGAUGGAGGACUGGGCACCGGUGGGAUCGUUGCCGUGGUGAUCGUCGUGCUCAUCAUCUUGCUGAUCGUCAUUGAUGUGGCGUGCUACUUCACCAACCAGUGCGGCCUGACCAUGUUCGUGUGCGUCAACCUGUGCGGGAAGGCCCCGCCGGGAGGCAAGGCUGCAGACGCGGAGGAGGGCACGGCCACGUACAAGAAAGAGGAAUUGCAGGAUGAUGAGGUUAUUGAGUCACUGAAGAUAGAGAAGGAUGGUGCAGACAAACCCCUGAUGGACAAGCCGCCCAGCCAGACAAGCUUGAAGGACAAGGAAGACCAGCCUCUCACAGAGGCAGAGGCACCCCCUCCCACUGGAGAUAACCCCGCACAGGAUUUGGGUGACCCCGAGGGGGGCACACAGAAUCCAGGAGGGGAGGAGGAAAAUGAUAACCCCGGAGCCGAUGAGAAUGCCCUGGGGGGAGGGGAGAACCCUGGCCACCCCUCGGACCCUGUCACAGAGAGCUCUGUCGUUGCACAGCCUGCCGCCCCCGAGAACUCUGAAGCUCCUUCUGCUCCCGAACCUGAACCCUCUCCUGCUCCUGAACAAGAGACAAAAGAAGUGAAUCCUGAGGAGGUCAAGCUGCAAGAAAGCACAGGAGACGAUAAAGAGGCUCUAGCCUAAUUCAUUCCCACCUCAUAUUCAAGAAGGUCACUCUGCACUACACUCACAUCCCACUACAAGAUUAUGACUACUUCAUACAGUAGAGUCGAUGUUGCAUUCCAGGUGAAAAACACAUGAUUGUAUAGCAUGUUAGGUGGCACAGUGUUGCCCAUGUUAAUGUUGCUUUGAAAGAAACAAACUGCUGCCAAGUCCAUACAGUACUGACAGAAUUCUACUUUUCUUAGGGAUAGUUGGAAUGGACUAUGUAUGUGUCUGACAGAGCAAAGAUCAGAAAUUCUAUGUUGGGAACAGUUUAAAAGAAUAUUAUUUCUUCAUUUGUCCUGAUAUCAAUGUGGCAAAGUUAUCAGUGAAAUCAGAUGUCACACAGGACACACUAUAGCUUUAUGUUGUUUUAAAAAUCAAACAAAAACAAUCUGGAAUUGCACAAUUUUUGUAAAAAUCGGCAAAUUUUUCAAACAUUCAAACAUUGUGAAGGCAGUCAAUAUCAUUUCCAUAGAAGUAAGGAUCAGACCCCAAGGAUAAAGUAGUUGGGGCUACAGUCUACUUCUCAGUUCUACCUUUUACUAGUUUUAGCUAGAGAUGUUUUGUGAAACAAGGUAUCCAAGAGUAUUGUUAUAUUUCCAGUAGACAGGCACGAAUUGAAAAAAAAAAUGUUCCAAUCAUAGUCAUUACAACCUAAUGAUACUUAACCACUGCAACUGUAAAGACAAGCCUGCACUGAACCCAUGGAUUGCUUGUCUGUCACUCUUGAUUGACACGUGUAUACCUACAUGUCAACUGUAAUUGGACCUUGAUGUGUACAACAGGAGGUACUUUCCAAUUAGGGUCAUGCAAGCUCCCUUAAUGAAGAUAUAUCUCCACCAUCAACUGGAACACUGGAGGGAAUUAUCGAUCGGUAAAACACUUCUCUGUACUAAUAGUCCAACAGGUUAUUGUGCAAAUUGCAGUAGAUCUUGCCAGCUGUUGCAAUAGGAUUAAACUGUGCAAUGCAGCUUUAGCGAUGGAGAGUAGCUUCUUGAUGAAAUAUGACAUCAGUAUGCAAAGAAGCUCCAGCUCGUGCAAAGUAAUAGGAUGGAUGUUGUAGAGGCGUGGGGGAAAAAAGAUGUACAUUGUUUCUUGUGUUCCUGCAUCAGGGUCACCUCUACAAUUUAUUGUUGUUCUCCUGUAGUUUGAUGGGGUUCUUCUGCCACAGAUAUAGCCCGUAGCUUUGUCCUGGAUACAUGACAAGGAUGAAGUGUUGGUAGCAUGAUAGUACGGUGGCUUGGUGCAUAGCUGUUUCCACCGAGUGUGGGUGCAUUUACUGAGGUCCAUCCUGUUUAUGAACACAAGCUAUCCAAAAUGUUUCUACUCUGCUUUUGUAUUCCUCAUGACCUUUACUUUGUUUCCUGUUGCAAGCCUGUACUUAAUUUCUUUAAAUUAACUUUUGUUGCAAAACAGUCCAUUUUAAAAGCAAAGUGAUACCUGUAAUUCUUUAACACUAAACCCAAACACAAGCUUGGCUACUGUGUGAUGCACCCAUGCUGGGAGGAAAGAGACACACACAUCUAUAUGCUCACUUCAAACCAUAUUGUUACACAUUUUCAGACGACAAGAAAAUAAGCAAAUUAGUAUGCCUAGAAUCCUAUCUGCUGGCCACUGGUGCAAAUCUUCUGACUGGCCAGGUCAGAACUUGUAGAUGUAUCUUGUGCUGUGGUUCCUUCCUUGUGAAUCUCCUGUUGAUGACAAGUCCUGUGAGGUUUGUUGGUGCUGGUACAUCGAUGCCCGUCUUGCCUGUAAGCCAGCAAAUAUCACUGGUACUGUUGAGUUGCAGAUGUAUCCGCUUUUAUCUGUAUUUCGAUGCUUGCCAUUUAGUACUCUUUUUAGUGAGCACUUUAUUUGUUGCAUUUUAUGAUGGGAGUGGAGCUAAGUUUUUCAGUGCCAAUGUUUAUUGUAAAGAAAUACUAAGUUACAUUAUGGUUACCAUGAACUUGAUUCCUUUCUUGUGCAGGACUCUGUUUACCACUUCUUUCAUUCAGACAGAAAUAGUGUAGCACUGAAGUCAGGGGACAUGUUUUGAACUAUAAUAGCUUGUUGUAUGUAUAUUUGGAGUAGUCUAUUUUUGUUAUUGUUUGUUACCAUGGUUACUUGCACACUUUUAUUCAAUGAUUGUAUCAUUGUUUUUGAAUGAAGAAUAAAAUUUCCUGUUGUAUAGUAGUAGCAGUAGUAUCACUCAGAUAAUACAUUUAAAUGUGUUCACAAACGUGUAUCUAUAGCACAGUGUUACUCUGAACAUGGAUAGUCAUAUUAAAUUCACUUUCUAGACUUGUGCGAGUCUUUUUUCAGACCAAAGCGGCCUUUUGACUAUUUUUAAAGACUGUAUCUAGAUGUUUGUUGUUUGGAAAUAAAGUGUGACAUGUAG